AUGGCAGGCGAGGACCACCAGUGGCAGGGCAGCAUCCUCUACAACAUGCUCAUGAGCGCCAAGCAGACGCGCGCGGCUGCGGAGGCGCCCGAGGCGCGGCUGGGGGGCGCGUGCUGGGGCUGCUCGUGCGGCGCGGAGCCCGCGCCGGGCCGAGGGGCGCUGCCGGGGGCGCGGACCACGGCGCUCCUGUACCGCUGCUGCUUCUGCGGGGAAGAGCACCCGCGCCAGGGCAGCAUCCUCUACAACAUGCUCACGAGCGCCAAGCAGACGCGCGCGGCUGCGGAGGCGCCCGAGGCGCGGCUGGGGGGCGCGUGCUGGGGCUGCUCGUGCGGCGCGGAGCCCGCGCCGGGCGGAGGGGCGCUGCCGGGGGUGCGGACCACGGUGCUCCUGUACCGCUGCUGCUUCUGCGGGGAAGAGCACCCGCGCCAGGGCAGCAUCCUCUACAGCUUGCUCACGAGCGCCAAGCAGACGCACGUGGCGCCGGAAACGCCCGAGGCACGGCCUGGGGGCGCGUGGUGGGGCCGCUCUUACAGCGCCCAGGGCCUGGGGGGCAGAGAGCAGCUGCCGGGCCGGCAGGCCGUACCGUACCUGUCCCGCUGCUGCUUUUGCGGGGACGAGCACCCGCGCCACGGCAGCAUCUUCCAGCGCUUGCCCGCGAGCGCCAAGCAGACGCACGCGGCUCGGGAGAUGCAGCCCGCGGCCCCCUGGUGGGACCCCCGGUGUGACGCGCAGCGCCGAGUGGCCCUCAAGAGUCCACAGGUGGUCUGCGAGGCCGCCUCGGCAGGCCUGUUGAAGACGCUGCGCUUUGUCAAGUACUUACCCUGCUUCCAGGUGCUCCCUCUGGACCAGCAGCUGGUGCUGGUGCGCAACAGCUGGGCGCCGCUGCUCAUGCUCGAGCUGGCCCAGGACCGCUUGAACUUUGAGACGGUAGAGACCUCGGAGCCCAGCCUGCUGCAGAGGAUCCUCACCACCAGGCGGCGGGAGACCGCGGGCGACGAGCCGCCGCCUCCGACCCCGCAGCCGCCACCCUUGGUACCGCCGCGCGAGGCCGGGCGUUUGCCAACGGCCGCUGAAGUCCAAGCCAUCAAGUGCUUCCUUGCCAAGUGCUGGAGCCUGGACAUCAGUACCAAGGAGUACGCCUACCUCAAGGGGACCGUGCUCUUUAACCCGGACCUGCCAGGCCUUCAUUGCGUGAAGUACAUUCAGGGACUCCAGUGGGGAGCUCAGCAGAUACUCAGUGACCAUAUCAGGAUGACCCGCAGGGGGUACCAAGCCAGAUUCGCUGAACUGAAUAGUGCCCUCUUCCUGCUGAGAUACGUCAAUGCUGAUGUCAUCGUGGAGCUAUUCUUCAGGCCCAUCAUUGGUUCGGUCAGCAUGGAUGAUAUGAUGCUGGAGAUGCUCUGUGCAAAGUUAUGAAGGCGUGGG